GGCGUGACGUCAUCAGUGGAAAUUAGAAAUGGCCGACAGCAAGUGAUGGACAGCGAAAGUUAGCGAUACGGGUUGGUGAAAUCAGCUAAACUCGUUGUCUGUGCCGCAAGUAUUUGAACUUUGUUGUGCAUUGUUACUGUAUUAAUAUACUGGGACACUUCCCGCAUAUGAACGGGAGGAUUAGGUUGAGUUUGUUCGACCGGAAAAGCCUCACAAACCCGGGCAUUAGCCCGCAGUAUUAGCCACGCUAGCAGCAGGACCAGCGUCUGCUUUUGUUUUUGUCGCGUGUCUGCGAUAGAAGGCUGACACUAAAGUAUUUUUAUCCUUUUUUUAUUUGAACUUUUUCUUUGAUAUUUGCAUGUGUCCUGUACCGGACUGUGCAUCCGCCUACUUGAUUUCCGGGGCUUUUUUUUUUACUCUGAAUCGCGGGUGGGGUCCAGCCCGUCUUGCAACGUGUUGACAUCGCUGUUCUUUAAAGGCGAACUUCGCAAGACAGCCGCACUCCUCACUACAGGGACACAUACUCGCUCCGAGCCGCUGGACUCUGCCUGUUCGUGAACAUGGAUUCAAAGCGGGCACACGGCAAACCUCAGGCAAGCGGCGGCGGCAGCAGCAGCGGCGACUCGAGCCCCGCGUCCCCCUCGGGCAGCCCCGCGCCCACGGCUGGCAAAGCCCCGGUGCCCGGGGGAAACGCGUUCGCCAACGACGGCAGCUUCAUGGAGAUGUUCAAGAAGAAGAUGGAGGAGGAGAAGAGGAAAAAGGAGAUGCAGGAAACGGGUGGAGAGACGAGAGCCACCGAACAAGGACAGGCAUCUGUGGAAAAGAGGCCGCCUCCCGUGACGAGCUUUGUGGGGAAGCGCAGAGGAGGAGUGUUCCUAAAGACCGGCAUGGUUGCGAAGAAGCAGAAAAACGACACAGACGUCGAGCCAGGCAAGAGCGAUGCUUGGACAAAGUACAUGGCUGAGGUCAAAAAGUACAAAGCCCACCAGUGUGGCGACGACGAUAAGACCAGGCCUCUGGUCAAGUAGGUUCCAAAACGCGGACAUGAAGCGACAAUGUUUUGAGGGGAUUGCUGACCUUCGCAUACUGCCAGUUCAUGUUACCCUUCACGUUAAGUCUUUUACAAACUGCUUAGACCUUUUCUCUUUUUGUAUUGUUUUUGUCUUGUUUGUCAUUUGUUGGACUUUGAUCUGGUGUCAAAAGUUGUUUGAAACAGUCCUUAUUGUUAAAUAUUUUUGAUUUGUCAUGUCUGGGUUAAGUUAGGGUUGAUUAAAAUUUGAUUUAAUAGUCAAAUCAAGGUGUCAAUUAAAUUUACACUGCCCUUUUAA